AUGCUGGCCAAAUUCAAUCUCGCGGCAUCUCUCCUCGCCGCCACCGCCCUCGCCCAAGUCCCUCACGCCGCCUCCGUCCUCCGAACCGACGAUGUUCUCUCGACGCCAUACGCCUCGCUCCUCGGCUUCGGCGACGACACCAUGGCCGUAGCCCGCGGCCUGGACGAGAGAGCCACGGGAAACUCGAGUAUCCCGUCUGACGUUAAGCUGCUGCCCGACGGAUCGCUGGACUUUACUGCUUGGAAUAACCUCACCAACGCGGCUUGUCAGGCGCGCCUUGCCUCGCUUACACGGACUUCGAAUCCCUCGGGAGACUGCAUCUGCUACAACUUGCCCAUGCUGGAUGUUACUACCGGCAUGUUUGAGGCGGAUCUCCGGCUGUAUCGCGUUUCUGAUCCGAGAGAUGACUUUGUUGGUGUGCCGCCAAGUGAGAUUCAGGUUGGCGUGGUUUACAAGGGCGCCAGCGUGACUCCUAUGAAGCCAGUGACUUCGGGGUCAAGCUCCAGCCCGCCUGUCAAUAUCACCAAGAGAGACACCAGCUCCAACGCCCCGACUCUGCUGCAGUCGUACAUGCUAGUCGGCCAAAUCGACAAAGACCAGAUGAAGAACAACUUGUCAAUUGCCGACCUCGAAGCUCUCGUGAUGCCCACCCUCACCCUCUCCGCAGUAACCUCCACCGGCGCCCGCAUCAGCUCCAACGUCUCCCUCAACGAAGCCGUCUUCCUCGUCGGCGUCUUCUCCAAGGACGUCAUCCUCUCCGACUUCGCCGCCGCCCAACAGGCCGUAUCACUACAGCAAGCCGGUCUCAAAAACGGCACCGUCGCCUUUGUUCUUCCAGGAGUCAACCUCAUGAUUUUCCCCACCGGCCUCGUUAUCACUGGAACCUGGUUGCUCAUUGGACUGGCCGUGUACGGAUUCGGCACGUAUGAGAGGAUCCAGCAUGUUACGGCCUAUAAGCGAAGAGCUAUGCAUGCUACCAGGGAUAACGCUGCCUACCGCACUUUUUAG